UCUCCGCCGUUUCUUUCUCUGCCCCUCCCCCGCCUGGUCGACGCCUACUCUGCGCUUUGUCGUUUCUCUUUUACGCAGCUGUAACACCACGAGAGGUCCGAGCAUUUACUCAUACCGGUCUAUGAGUCGUUAAAAGGCGCUGGACGACGAGCUUGGACCGUCCAUCGUCGACCAUCUUUCCUCCAGCUCCUAGUGACGACCGUUAUCUGACGAAAGAGUAUCCUCGAAUCCCUUCUAGACCUGCGUAUCAUAAACACAGAUGUCUGUGGCAGUGGCAAGCUCAAGCAAUCUGCAGGCGCUCGAAGACGCGUCUCAGCCAACAUCCCGUGCCUCUUCCCCAACGUCCCCGACCUCAGUUCACUUCCAGACUCCUCAGGCCCGCGCCACCGCAAAUUAUAAUGGCUCCUAUGCCAAUACACCCACGAAUGGCUCACACAAUCAUGCGCUCGAGCCGCCCGCGGGCGUAUCAUACCCUGAAUUCCUGCGAUCGUGGACGGACGCGCACGUCGCGCACUGGCUCUCCGACAUAAAGUGCGGGCACCAUGCCGCAACUUUCCGAGCGAACGACAUCCGCGGCGAUGUGCUCCUGGAGCUAGACCAGAUGACAUUGAAAGAGAUGGGCAUGACCAGCAUCGGAGACAGAUUGCGGAUCGUCAAUGCAGUUAAGCAGCUCCGGGCCAAGUGCACGUCCAGCGCCGCGCUGUCCUCCCUUACCAAUCGUCCCAGCAAGGCGGAUCACAGUCGUACGUCGAGUGUCUCGAGCGAUCAUGGCGGCUCUUCGCGUGCGAACGGUGCCAGAAGGCUCGAGUCGGGUCGACCAGCCCCUUUGCACCUCCCGCCGAACGGCAGCUCCCCUGAUCUUCCCCGCCUCGUACGAGAUGGGCAAGAUUCGGCGCGGCUUGGGAGCAAUAUGCGCCCGCUGCCGGUGCAGCCCAAUAGUGCGACGCAGCACGGGACGCCUACCACAGCCCACAACCGCGCAAACCUUCCCCCUCUGCCUCCUCCUCCACGUGGGCAGCCUCCUCUUCCUCCCAUUGCCCGCACUCCCCGUAAUUUCCAUCAUUCCCCGAAUCCGGGCACCCCGAGCACGUCUGGGCGGCGCACGCCCACCCUCCUGGAGGCCCCGCUGACGCUGCCUCAGGCUGGCUUGCUCACGCCAUCCUCUCAGACGCCAACCCCGAAUUGGUCUGGCUAUGGAUUGCCUGCGGACCCGCGGCAAGGAAAUCAGAACCUUCGGACGCCUAACAGUCGAUCAACGUCGCCCCUGCCGUUUCCCCCCAGCCAACCGCCUGUACGUAACGCCAGCCGCGCAGCGUCCGACCUAUCACAUGCGAGGAGCAGCUCCCAGUCCCAGUCCACGCCGACUAACGACAAGCCGCUGCCCCGCCCGGGGGUGGGCGCGCGCAACCCCCAUCCGUUCGCGAGCUCGCAGCUGCAGCAGUCGAUUGCGCUCUCCCCGAUCGCGGAGUCGUUCAUGACGCAGAGAAGCAACGGCACGAUGAAUCCCUCUCCGCCGACGUACAGAGGGCUGAACGUGCCGUACCGCCCUGGCACCCCGUCGCACAAUCCCACCCUGGACGAUCUGCGCCGGAAACUGAUUAAAUUCACGAUGUCGGACGAGAGCGUGACGACGACGCUGAACGUCGCGGACUGUAACGGGGGCGUCGAGGUCCUGUCCAAAGCGCUGAAGAAGUUCAAUAUGUUAGGCACGGACGGCUCAGAGUCUAUUGAGUCCGAGGACGGCGCCCUCAAGAUCGAUGGGUGGGGCGCUUUCCUGGGUUGGGGACAAGGCGACGCGACCCGAGGCCCCUUGAGCGAAGCAGAACUCAUGGCGAUUAUCGCCGCACCGCCGGACGACCCCGCGCGGGAGCGCGGCCUGACUCUGCACAAGGUUGGACGCGUGAAGCGCGUUAUCACCCCUCCAACUCCGACGCCCAACGCGUCUGGCUCGGACGACGAGGAUGUGCUCGACAAGGCGCUCGCCGCAGAGCCCCCGGUGUACACGAAGGCGAUGAAGCGGGCGAGCUCCGUGAGCAUCCUGAGCGGCCUGGGCGUGAACUUCCCCGACAAAGCGGCCGAGAGCGCGAGCCAGGAGGCCCCGUCGUCGCCGACUUCCGCGCAGAAUUCGGCGAGCCCGACCAAGAGCUUCACGAGCAAGAAGGGCCCGUCCAAGCUGCGCAACUUCUUCGGGCAGCGGCCCCCCAGCGAGCUCAUCACGACGCAUCUUGCGGAGUACUUCCCGUUCACGGAGAAGAAGGUGCUCGAGCGGACCAGGCGGCAGAGCAUGAUGCGGCAGAGCGGCGUGCCCAAUCGGCGCGACAGCAUCAUAUCGUUCAGGGACAUGCCGUCGCAGAGCCGCUUCAGCGUGAGCACGAUCGGCUCGCAGAAGGAGCGGUCCCCGCGAGUGUCCAUGGCGUCGUCUAUGUCCGCGACCGCGGUGGGCAGGGCGUCGCCGGAUCCGUCGUUGCUCAGCGAAGGAAGCACGAUGCACGACCCACCGCCUCGCGUGUCUCUGUCGACAGACGACGGGCAUUCCGUCGACCUCUCCACGGGGGAUGGCAGCGCGUCCAAGCACAUAGGGACCAGCCCGCACCUCUUGCCCCCCGUAGCGUUCCCGUCCGAGUCGUUGUCGGAGUCGCUGAAUCUUUCGGAGAGCCAGAGCUCGAGGCGCUUGUCGAGGCGCAUGUCCACCGCGUCCAAGCGGAUGAGUUACAUCACUGAGCUCAGGAGCAAGCGCGAUCGCUCGGAUACUGCGAGUUUGAUGACUGUGGACGAGAUUACCGCUGAGGUUGAGAGCCGGCAGGAGACUGCGGCGAAGUCCGGAGACUCAGACGAGUGGACGAAAGUCGAUGUUCCUGACGACAAGCAGAGCAUCAAGAGUGGGGAAGGAGAGGAUGAGGAAGACGAAGACGAGGAAGUAGAUGAGGAUGAGGAAGGAGGCGAAACGGUUGCGACAGAUGAGGAAGAGGAGACUGGGAAGCCGAUCAUGUCCACAGGCGAGAAGACGAUUAAGUGGAUCAAGGGUGCCCUCAUAGGUGCUGGGUCGUUCGGCAAAGUGUACCUUGGCAUGGAUGCGGCGACAGGUCUGCUCAUGGCUGUGAAACAAGUCGAGCUCCCGACCGGUUCUGCUCCGAACGAGGAGCGGAAGAAAUCCAUGCUCAGCGCGCUCGAGCGGGAGAUUGAGCUGUUGCGCGAUCUCCACCAUGAGAACAUUGUGCAAUAUCAUUCUUCCUGCAUUGACGAUGAUCAUCUCAACAUCUUCCUGGAGUACGUUCCCGGUGGCUCCGUCACAUCUCUCCUCCGUAACUACGGCGCGUUCGAGGAGCCGCUUGUGCGCAAUUGGGUUCGCCAGAUCUUGCUCGGCCUCAACUAUCUCCACGAGCGUGAUAUCAUCCACCGAGACAUCAAAGGCGCUAAUAUGCUUGUCGACAACAAGGGCGGUAUCAAGAUCUCUGACUUUGGUAUCUCGAAGAAGGUAGAGGACAACCUACUCCCGGGUCACCGUGCGCACCGCCCUUCUCUCCAGGGAUCAGUCUUUUGGAUGGCGCCCGAAGUGGUGCAGCAGAAGGCUUACACAUUCAAGGCGGAUAUCUGGAGUGUCGGCUGUUUGGUCGUCGAGAUGUUGACAGGCGAACACCCAUGGCCGCAUCUCUCCCAGAUGCAAGCCAUCUUCAAGGUUGGCUCCGCUAAGGCGAAGCCCUCUAUACCGCCGGACAUAUCCGCCGAGGCUGUCAACUUCCUGGAGCUCACGUUCGAGCUCGACCACGAGCUCCGUCCUUCUGCUGCCGACCUCCUCAAGCACCCCUGGAUCGCCAAUACGCCGGGUCCAUUUGGUCAGUAAGAUCAUACAUACAGUCGUUACUCGUCUCUCGUUGCCCACUUCGUCUUAUUUACGAGCACUGACUCGCGACGUUACCUUCGAUGCUCUCAUCGCAUGAGUCCCUUAUUUUUAUAUCUAGUAGCACAUCUAGUCAUCCCGGGAUAUCAAUAUCUGUACUCUUCCACGACAGCCAGCAUAUGCUUUGUAACGGUCGAGCUAUGGAAUGUGUUCAUCUUUUGUUGUUACAUC